AUGAGUUCUCCUUCAUACCUUACGAACCUCGCCCUAGAGAUCCUGCAGCUUAUUAUCGAGCACACGCACGCCUCAGCCCACUGGCCCCUCGCGCAGACAUGUAGGUUCAUCCAUCGCAACUCCAAGCCGAUCCUUGAGCGCCAUCGCGAGGCGCACCAAACGUAUAGAAUCACGUCUGAUCUUGAUCCAUCGACUAUCACUGGUCUCCUAUGGAGCGUUUUCAGCCACGGCGUAGACUCGAUCGAGGCAUGGCACGUCAGGGAAUUCGAGGUCUGGACCGACAGAGACGACCAGGACCCCCAAGGGAAUAACUUCAAAGUCUGGGAGGUGGAUGCAGAGAGCGGAGACUUGAACAUCAAAGAGAAAAUAAUGCCGUGCGUCCUCUCUGCCGACGAGAUGGAUCACUUUUGCCACAAGAUGAUGAAGAUUCCGGAUUUCUACGACAAGAGCCCGGACUUUGCUGGCUGGGUCCGGGAAUCGCUCGACGAGGGCCGCGAUACCUUUACCAAGCCCUUGCUGCUUGCCUAUCUGCCGCGCCUCCGGGCUCUCCGGUACGCCCAACGGAGCAACGAGACCAACAACCUCACGCUUUGGAAGCUGUGUGAAUUCAUCGACAAGUGCCAAUCUGAAGGGGCCUGGCUCCCCGGCCUGGAAUCACUCAGGGAGGUCUUCUUUACUAUCGAGCUGUACCCAACGAGUGAAGGGGUCGAGGAUCGUCCAGCUCUGUGCAGGAACACCGACUACUUCUGCGCUCUUCUGAACCUGCCAAACAUGAAAGAGGUGUACUUCUCUCACAUGGAUGGGAGACGCCCGUCGAGGGAGAUAUCGGAGAGAUUCCCCAAGGACAUCGGCCCCUCGCUGGCCAACAUAUCAAACGUGCAGACAAUCGUUCUCGAUAUGCUCCAAUACGAUCUGGAUGAUGCACUCGUCGAUUUCAUCGCUCUCGUCCCACGCGGCCUUGAGAACUUGGCCAUCCGUCUUCACGCUAACAACAGGGUCAAACAACAAAACAUCGACCGGCUGAUCGCAGCGCUUGCUAAGCACCAGGGCUCGUCUUUGCGGCGGCUCUGCAUCCACGAGGACGAAACGAUUGAUGGUCGAUCGUACCUGAGCUGGAGGAAGCCGGAAGAACUGGCCAAGUUCAAGAAGCUCCGCGUGGCCAACGUGAGCUGGUGCGACGUAGAACGUGGCCUGGGACGGUACAAAGACACCGAAUCGCGGUCCGAGCUUAUGGACCGGCUCUUGAAGGUGUUUCGAGAUGAUCUCCCAGCGACGAUGAGGAUCGCAGCCAUCGGCCGCGUCGGAGGAGCCAACGUCUUCAUUCCUCAGAAAGAAAGGGAAGAGUAUGACCAUGCAGAUUUUGCUUUCUUGGACGAUGCCGUCGAGGCAAUGAUCAGAUCAGACCGGUACAAGGACCUCAAGGCCGUUGAUGUGGACUACAUCCGGAUGGAAGUGUACAGGAUGACCGGCAUUUUGCCUCUGUUCCCUCUCUCCAUCAAGGCGGCCAGGGAGCGGGGGAUUCACGACUGUAUUGGGGAGUACGACGUAUCUUACAGGAUGAGCAUGAAUGGGGAGUUUAUACCCUAUCCAAGGAGGGACUGCAUGGUGACGGGCGGGUUCGCGAGGGAGGACAGGCGGCGACUCUGCCGCACGAGAGACCCUCACAACUUCUCUAUCGAAGGGGGAGAAGGAUUCUUCAGGAUUGAAGAUCCCUCCUCGGAUGAUGAAUAG